AUGGACAAUGACUAUAGGAAGCAAUGGGAUAAGACUGUGGUUGAGCAUGAGCAAUUGCAGGUUGACAGUAAUAGCGGAGUUGAGAUUGGUCGCACAAUUAAAAAGUUUCCGUUGCUGACAUCGAGGGAAUAUGUACUAGCUUGGAGAUUGUGGGAAGGAAAGGACAAGUUCUACCGUUUCACAAAGGAAAAUGCUGGGUUAAAUGUUGAGAUGGCGAAGCUCGCUUUCUCAAAAGGCAUAUGGAGUUACGUUUGUAAGAUGGAAAAUGCACUUCGUAACUACAUUGCAAUCAGUCAUAGACCUCAAGUUCCCAUUUUAUCAGCUGUGAGCUUAAUCAAAAAGGUGCCAUCAGAGUUAGAAAGGCAGACAGAUGAUGUCAAAAACUCCACGGGAACUAGUAGCGGUGAUGUACUUUCGACACAUGUAGCCAAACAGAAGAAGUUAUUGAGAAAGCCAUCAAAGAAACUGAUAGCAAAAAGUCUAGUACUUAUGGGCGGUGCGAUCUGCUUGUCCCGUGGUCACUCAGCCUUAGGUGCUAAAGUAGCAUUGGCUUGCCUCUUGACGAAGCUUAACAAACGUGGAACUCCUCUGAAUCAGAACACCAAUAUUUAA